AUGGCAUUCGGCGUCGCUCUCAUCGGUGCUGGUAAGGCCAUCAUUCCCUCAGUUCGUUUUGUCGAGCUGAUGUCAUUCUUGCAGGUCUUUUUGCCCGCGAGGCGCAUUUCCCCUCCAUCGAAGCCUCUCCCCAUCUCGAGCUCAAGGCUGUCUACUCGCGUUCUCUGA